AUGACUAUUUCAAGUGUGAUCAGCCACUCGCUAUUGAUAAACACUCUGGGCGGGAAUAGCCAGGUGCCACUGUUGGAGAAUGGUGAUGUCGCGCGACCAGGAGCUGGCGCUAAGGGUGUUGCCGCAACUGAAGCCAUGCUUAUGGAAAGGUUUUCGCGCGCUGCGGCUAAUGAAUCUGCAGCAAUUCUUCUUAGUGGUCGAUACGUCAGCAGGAAGCAAAAAUUGCUGAUGGACGAUUUCUACAUGGAUGGUAUUGUAAGUGUAGCUGCGCCUUCGUACUCUGCGACGCAAUUGACUGAUACAGUCAUUGAAGAUGUAUCGAUGGGAUCCCCUGCCGUUCCCGUUUUUAGCCAGGGAUCUAGAUUUACAUGCAGCAGGGAAUCCCCCCUGUUUGCUGAAGCAGAUCGUGUGUCCAAAGAAGAUGACGACGAUUCGGACACUUGCAAAGUGCUGCCGUCUGCGGUUGACGAGGAUGUCGAUGUCGAAUUCUUAGCCAUCGAUCACGUGCUUCAGAACGACUCCUUCAAGCCGACGGAUUUAGAGAAGGACACGUUUUAUACCGGUACCGACUCUGCAAGAGUCAUGAGCGGCCCAAAGUCGAUCAGCUCAUCUGGAGAAUUAACAACGGGAAGCUGUUGCAGCAACAGCAACAGUGACAGCAGUCAUCAGUCGAGUGGAGGCGGUGGUACGCGAUGUGUGCGAGGCAAUCAAACUGGUAUGGAUGAAAGGCAAAGCGUGGACCAGUCCAGUGUUCGAGGGUCAUCGCAAUCAUCCUCGUGUGAAUCCGAGGCUUCCUCGAAUGAGGCAGAAGUUCUUUUCCCGUUCGUCUGCCAAAGUCGUUUCGUGAACGAGUUUGAAGAGCUGUCAGCAAUCGGCAAAGGUGGCUUUGGUCAAGUUACACUCGCCGAGAAUCGCUUGGAUGGACGAAGGUAUGCGAUCAAGCGGGUUGGUCUUAACUUGAAGAACCAGACGUCGAAGACUUUGCAGAAGUUUUUGCGUGAGGUGAAAAUCCUAGCGCUGCUGGACCACGCUAACAUCGUUCGGUACUAUCAGGCAUGGCUAGAAAAGGUUGAGGAGAGCACAAAUGGAACGUCGGUAGCAUCGUCGUUAGUUGCCUCAGACAUGAGCUCAGUUGGUGGACUCGCUGCUGCGGCAAAUUACUCAACAAAUAAUCUUCUCGCACCGAUCUCAGAGCUUGAGUUUCCAGGAGACCGACGCGACCUCGAGAGCUUCUACAGCAAUGGAAGCGUGAUCAGUGACAAUGCCGAUGAUGGUGGGUUUGUCUGGGAACGUGAGACGUCUAGUAUGGAAGGUGAGGAUGGCUGGAAGGAAGAAGAUUUGGUCGUGCAAAACAAGCCACGCAUGAGCCACUUGCCUCCCCGUGUGUCUUCGUCUUGCGCACCGGCUGCUCAUGGUAGCGACGAGGACUCUUCAUGUAACGCAGCAGAAAAAUGUGAUCACUGGCUGUACAUUCAGAUGCAGUACUGUGCUGGCCGCAACUUGGCGGACUAUCUGGCUGUUCCGACUCGGCCAAUGGAACUGUCGAGAAUGCUCAAGAUUUUUGUGCAGAUUGCAAGUGCACUGAUGCACGUACAUUCUUGUGGACUGAUUCAUCGUGAUUUGAAGCCAGCAAAUAUUUUCGUUGCUGACGUAGAGAGAGACGAGAUUAAGUUGGGGGAUUUUGGCUUAUCGCGCUACGCUGCGAAUGCAAGCAGCCUGAAUGCCUCGGCAAGUCUUGAUGAUCCCCAACAAGGGGUAUCUUUCCAAUGCCCAGAACAAGUAGCGGGGAAAAAGUACAACGCGAAGACGGACAUUUACUCAUUGGGGAUGAUUCUCUUUGAGCUGUGCCACGAGCGCUUUGGAACGACAAUGGAGCGAUACAUCACUCUCCGUGAUGCCCGAGACAGUAAGUUCCCUGCUGAUCUCCGCGCGACAAAGCGAUGUCCUGAAAUCUUAGACAUGCUCAGCAAGUUAUUAAGCCACGACCCGACGGCACGGCCAACAGCUAAUGAAGUUGUGCAGUGGGGACAGAUGAUGUAUGAAACGAGCCUUGCUCAGAAAGCUAUGGAUGUUGUGCGGUCGCCGCGCAACCUAGGCAUAAUUCGAGCUGCAGCUGGUGCAAGCUUUUUUGUGCCGGGUAUUGAUCACUUCAUGGUUGGCAUCGGCGAAACAGUGGUUACGACCACGUUUUGUCUGAAGGUGGAGGCUGCAAUGGAACAUUGCAGUGGUGAAGACGGUGGCGAGCGUCGUUUGCCGAACCAUAAUUUAUUGAAGCAAAUAUGCGAUGUGAUUGCCGGGGUUCACGAUGGGAAGGUUGAGAUCAAGAAGUGUGGAUUGCACAUGGAGAAUGAGGGCGUGACGAUUCUCGCGUUUGAGUUGGACCCACAGAGUGCUCUUGCCGUUGCGCCUGGCAGUGACGUGGAAGGCUCCGUGGUUUUGGCGAUCGAAGCCCUCGCUGGAGUGCAAACGGUGCAUCGUGUGAGCAAGAUUGAUUGA